GAUAAGAAGAGAUCCAAUUAUAAAUACAUAUAAAAGUGUGCUAUCACGAAAAAGCAGACAAACCCUAAGUCUAAUAAGUGAAAGAAAAGAGAAUGAGAAUCGCAAUAGAGGAAGAACGAUUACCGAAUGAUCUUGUAGAAGAGAUUUUACAGAGACUGGAUAUAAAAUCGCUUGUCAGAUUCACAUCUGUUUCUAAGCAGUGGAAGUCAAUGAUCAAAUCAAGAUCCUUCGCAUCGAGACAUCUAGCCAGCGUGCAGUCACGAGUUCCGGAUAUCCUUCUAGGCGGUGACAUUCACCACGAAUCAAAUCCUUAUUCUUGUCUAAGGACUUUAGAAUCCCAUUCUUUAUUCACAAAGGUCAAUUAUAUCCCCAAACCUAGUAGAAGAAGUCUUGCAGUUACAGGAAGCUGUGAUGGUCUUGUUUGCAUCUACGACUUUAGAAAAGUGAUGUACGUCUUCAAUCCAGCGACUAGAUGGUAUCGAUUUCUUCCUCGAGCUCAGAUUCAACAAAUCAACUGCAUUAGGGAAAAUCAAAACAGUAAGUGUAGAGGAUCUUAUCUAGGGUUUGGUAAAGACAUUGUGACAAGCAAGUACAAGAUGGUAUGGUUAUAUAACUCAAAAGGACUAGGCCUAGAUGGCCAAACUACUUGUGAGGUUUUUGAUUUUACCACUAAUACUUGGAGACAUGUGAAUGGUUCUCCAUACCGGAUCUAUGAAGAACUCGAAUCUCAACCAUUAUAUUUAAAUGGAUCACUUCACUGGUUUACUGUCGAGAGUUGUGGGAAAAUAAAGAUGAUAUGUUUUGAUCUUCACACAGAGAUUUUUCAGUUAAUGACAGAGAUUCCUAUUGCCACUACAUGGGAUCACCGCAUUAUCAUGUGGAGUCUGAAUAAUUGUCUUUGUGUGUCAGAGAUGAAAAACGACGGCAUACAGGAUAUAUGGUCAUUGAAUUCACAUAAGGUAUGGGAUAAGAUUUUUAGUCUAAAUCUAAAUCUAGGAUAUACUCAUGGUGACGGCUGCCGUUUUCCAAUAUUACCGGUCACAAUUUUCGACAAGACACGGUUAUUAUUUCUUUACCCGACUAACAAAGACCCUUCUUUAUAUGGACCCAAAAAAAAAACCCUUCUUUAUUCGUACACGAUACUGGAACAGAUUCUCGUCUUCCUAUGGUUAUUUUACCUAGUUAUUUGGAUCAAGCUGUUUCUUUUAUUCCAAGCUUGA